AUGCCUCCCAAGAAAGCUUCCACUGCCGCGUCCAAGAAGACCACCUCUGGUCACGCUUCCUAUCGCGAUAUGAUUAAGGAUGCUAUCCUGAAUCUGAAAGAAAGAAAUGGUAGCAGCCGUCAGUCCAUCAAGAAGUAUGUGCAGGCAAACAACAAAAUUGCCACUGCUUCGUCCAACGCCUUCGAUGUCCAGUUCAACAAGGCCAUCAAGGUCGGCGUUGAAAAGGGCGAGUUCACUCAACCCAAGGGUCCCUCGGGCCCCGUGAAGCUCGCCAAGAAGGAGGCUGCUCCUAAGCCUGCUGCUAAGAAGACCGCCCCUGCCACCAAGGCGGCUCCUAAGAAGACCGCGGCCGCUGCGAAGAAGACUGAAAAGACCGAGAAGCCCAAGGCCGCCACCAAGAAGGCCACCACCACCAAGAAGGCGGCUGGCCGCCCCAAGGCCAACACCGCGAAGCCUCGCAAGAAGUCCACUGCUGUAGGUGAUGCCUCUCCCUCGUCCUACGACCCCGUACUGACGGAUCAGGCCCCCGCUGUGGUCGACAAGCCCAAGGUCACUAGCACCACCAAGUCGGGCCGCGUGACCAAGACGACGGCGAAGCCGGCCGAGAAGGCGACCAAGAGGGCCGCGAAGAAGGCCUAA